AUGUAAUUUAAUAUUAAUAAAACUACUCCGUCUCGGUUGGAUAACACCAGUUUAAAAGCUAAACUCACAAAACAAUACGAAUAACAACCUAUUCCUUCCGCUGAGGUUUAUAAAAGCACAUUGUCCAAAUUAUACUAAACACAGAGUUUAAGCACCCUCAUCAAAGAUAAGAAAUCUUCCAUUUCUAGAUAGGUUUCACAAAACAACCCAUUCAUCAAUCCAACCGUUAGAACUAACACUCCCAAAUCCACCAAUACAACACCUUAAUAUUACUUUUAUGCCAAGUCGAAAGAGUAAAGCAAGGUUCAAAUUUCAUAACUUAUCAGUAAAACAUUACAGUAGAGUUACACCAAGGCUAGCAAUAGCUUGAUCAAGGAUAAUUCUUUUGGCAUAUCCACUAAAUCCAAUACUGAUCGAAAAUAUAAUUUGCUUUCUUUAGAUCAGAACAAACUAAUUUCAAAACCAAAAACAGAGAAGGUCCAAUCCAUCGAUAGAACCUCAAAUAAUAACAAUCUAAUUUCAGAUUAAAAAUAAUCACUUAAUAUUCAUUUAAGCUUAGAUGAUUUUGUGACUCAAGUUAAAGUCCCAAAUUCCUCGAAGAAUAAUUAUACAAUUUCUCCCUUUAAAUAGGCAAAGUCACUUUCCCCAAACAACAGAUUAUUAUCUACCACAAGAAAAAAUAUCUAUUAUGUGAGUUCUAUGAUUGAUGCCAUCAAUGGAGCCUAUGAUUCCUAGUGUUAACUCUAUAGAGACCACGCCUUAUAAACUUACAACAGCAUUGGGUUCUGCUUAAAUCAAAUAGAACCGAACAGCAGUGUAAUCGAAAAGAAACUUAUUAAUUUACCCUAAAAAAAUACCAAAUUCCAAAAAACUGUGGUUUUUGAUCUUGAUGAAACACUCAUCCAUUGCAAUGAAAAUUAAAACAUAAAAUCUGAUGUUUAUCUUCCAAUUACAUUUCCAUCUGGAGAUACCGUAUAAGCAGGAAUCAAUAUAAGGCCAUGGGCCAAAUAAAUACUUAAUCUAUUGUCUGAAGUUUGCGAAGUUGUGGUCUUUACAGCCUCUCAUCAAUGUUAUGCUUCCCAAGUGAUUCAGUUUCUUGAUCAGAAGAAAAUCUUGAGUGCUUAAUUAUUUAGAGAAAGUUGCAUAGUAACAAACGAUGGAGUACACAUCAAAGAUCUUAGAGUGUUGGGCAGAGAUAUGAAAGAUAUUGUGUUGAUUGAUAAUGCAGCAUAUAGCUUUGGCUAUCAUAUCGAGAAUGGCAUUCCUAUAAUUCCAUAUUAUGAUAACAAAGAAGAUAAGGAAUUAAGGUAAUUGUAUGAUUUCUUAAUGUCUGAUGUCCUUCCUGCAUAUGAUUGUAGAAAGGUUAUUCAAGAAACAUUUAAACUUAGAGAGUUUUAGAAUUAUAAUGGUCCUAAGGUUGCAAUUGAAAAAUUAUAUUAUUGA